AUGCUUCGAGCAGCGUCGCGGCGGUGGCGACCGUGGCCGGCGGCCUGUCGGUCAUAUACGACGUCCAUCCCACCACCACUGCCUUCCGACAAUGUGACACCAAUGCUCCGUCAGUACUUGGAGCGAAAGCAGGAAUAUCCAGAUUGCAUGCUGCUGUUCCAAGUGGGAGACUUUUACGAACUCUUCUCUGACGAUGCGCGGCGCGCUUCCAACCUGCUCAACAUCACAUUGACGCGCAAGACCAAGGCCAAGGCGGGGAUGUCGCGAGAACGCGAUGCGCUGGACAUCAUGUGCGGCUUUCCUCUGUCAUCGUUAAACACGUACGUGGAAAAGUUGGUGCGCCAGCAUGGCGAAAAGGUGGCGAUUUGCAACCAAGUCGAGUCAGCACUAGCCGCCAAACAGCGCGGCGGUGUUGGCAUGGACAGCCUCGUCCAGCGCCAAGUCGUCCGGGUGAUCACGCCGGGGUCUCUGACUGAAGACUCGAUGCUCCUGCCGACCCAGAACAACUACCUCGCAUCCAUCUCCAAGGAGCCAGACCAGGCCACUUGUCAUAUUGCGUACACAGACAUCUCCACAGGGGAAUUCGUCGUCUUGACUGUGCACAUGGAUGACGUGGACAGCGAACUGACUCGGCUCCAGCCGUCCGAGCUCCUCGUGCCAGCUCAGGAUGACGUGGCAAACGUCCAGGACAGUACGUGGUGGCGCCAGCGUCUUGAGAAUGCGAUGAAUGCGCUGGGGACUGUUGUGACGUUUCGCAAACAAGGGUCUGUGGAAUUUGCUAAUUCCGACGCAUCAGUGGCUGCCGCAUCCAUGAUCCACGAGUACUUGGCAUAUACGCACGUCGGAACUCCAUCGUCACAUUCUCAUGCUUGCAAGCCGUCGUCGGCCGUUCGCCAGUUGGUUGGUCGCAUGCGAUUUGAUGUGAGUGUAUGGCGAUCCCUAGAAUUGACCAAGUCGAUGCAAGGCACGCGGAAGCACACGUUGCUUGACGCCAUCGAUUCGACCAAGACGGCUGGAGGCGCGCGACUGCUCAGUCAACAUCUGGUGGCGCCGUUGCUAGAUGUAGGUGACAUCAACCAACGACUAGAUGCCGUCGAAAGUUUAGUGCACGCGCCGUACGUGCUGCAGAAAUUGCGCAGUUUGCUCCAGGGACAUCUGGCACCCCCAAAGAUCUGA